AUGGCCACUCAUGGUAAAAUGUCUCCUUUCAACGCGAGUCAAGAACCAUGGUCGACUUACAAGGAACGUCUGAAUUCUUCUACUUUAUCGGCAAACGAUAUUACGACAGCUGAGCAGAAGCGAGCAGUCCUACUUACAGUAUGUGGUUCAGCGACAUUCCAAACCGUAAAGAGUCUUGUUCAGCCAGAUACGCGUUUGCUACUAAAUCGUACGACACCUUAUGUACUGUUUCUUCAAAACUACUUCAGUCCUGCUCCAUCGUUACCGUCCAACGAUACAAGUUUCAUUCCACGCAACCAAAACCCAGGAGAGUCAGUAGCUUCAUACGUUUCUGAACUCAAGUCUAUUGGUGAACAUUGCAAGUUUGCAGCACCUACCAGCGGCACACUACUCGAAGAGAUGCUUCGUGGAUCGUCUGGUGUGUGUGCAUCAGGGAUUCUAGAAUCCAGAGACGAUUACUACAAGAGAAACUCUCUUACUUUCCAACCGCAUUCGAACAGCGCAACUAUGGAAAUAGCAGCACGAGACAUCAACGAUAUUUCGUCAAGACCUCACAACCGACCAUCAUCAUCAUCACUACAGGAACCGGUUCAUUUGGUCGGAAACAUAACUAAACCCCCAACAUGUCAUCGUUGUGGAGGACAACACCGAGCCCCUCAAUUUAUACAGGCUAAUCACAUCAAGACUUGGAUAGACAAAGAUCCACUACUUUCACGUAUUCGACAUUCAAUUCAAACAGCUUCGACAUUAUCCGAUUCAGAGACUGAUCCUACUAUUCGCCCGUACAUGCAACGUCACUCUGAACUCAGUGUGAUUGACGGUGCAUUCUCUGGGGAUCGAGAGUUGUCAUUUCCCUCUGAAGACAGAGCAGCUGUAGAAGACUCAGAGACAUGGGUGGAGUCUAAAAGAUACACUGUUUAUAAAGUUGUAGUCAGAUUAGAAGAUAAAUCAUAUUUUAUAUUUAGACGAUAUAAUGAGUUCAAUACAUUGCAAGAGAAAAUAAAAAAGAAAUUUCCUGAAGUCUCUCUCAAGUUACCAGGGAAACGUAUCUUUCUCAACAACUUUGAUCCUAGGUUUAUUAAACAAAGACGAGAGGGUCUCCAUGAUUUUAUAGAUAAUAUAUUCAAUAACAAAAUGAUUGUGAAUAUGAACCAGUUCGUGAAUUUUCUCUGUCUUGAUGAUCAACGAGGGACGUUACCCCUCUAUGACAGAGAGACCAUUGAUGAAGAUGGAGGUGCAGAUGGAGUUAGUAGUGAUGAGAACAGAAUGGAUUUAGGUAACACUGAGAAACCAUCAGCUCAAAUAACAGAUUUCAAAUUAUUAAAAGUUAUUGGAAAAGGAAGUUUUGGAAAAGUCUAUUUAGGUCGUCAUAAAGACUCUGGUACACAUUAUGCUAUUAAAGUUCUUCAAAAGAAAGCUAUUGUCAAAAGAAAUGAAGUCAAGCAUAUAAUGGCUGAGAGAAAUGUGUUAUUGAGAAAUGUGUCACACCCCUUUUUAGUAGGACUUCAUUACUCAUUUCAGACGUCAAGUAAAUUAUAUUUUGUUCUGGACUAUGUCAACGGAGGAGAACUGUUCUUUCAUCUUCAAAGAGAGAGAGUAUUUGAAGAACCUCGAGCUAGGUUCUAUGCAGCAGAGAUAACAUCAGCUCUAGGAUACUUACAUGAAUUAGAUAUUGUAUAUCGUGAUCUCAAACCAGAAAACAUACUGUUAGAUAAACAAGGUCAUAUUGUUUUAACUGAUUUUGGACUUUGUAAAGAAGAUAUUAAAUAUGGAGAAACCACUUCAACAUUUUGUGGUACACCGGUAUACUUAGCACCUGAGGUUCUCCGUAAACAAGACUAUGGCCGACCAGUUGAUUGGUGGUGUUUGGGUGUGGUCACUUACGAAAUGAUGUAUGGUCUACCUCCAUUUUACAGUCGAGAUGUGGCUGAAAUGUAUGAUGGUAUUUUACACAAACCACUUCGACUCCGUCCCAAUAUCACACCAGCUGCUAGGUCACUAUUGGAGGGUUUACUACAGAAAGACAAGACUCAUCGUCUGGGAUCGGGAGCACGUGAUCAUCGCGAUAUUAUGGCACAUCCCUUCUUUCGGACUAUUAAUUGGGAUGACCUUUAUAAGAAGAAAAUUGAACCACCUUUUAAUCCUAAUGUUGCUGGUGAUUUGGAUCUUCGUCAUUUUGAUCCCGAGUUUACAAGAGAAGCUGUUUCAGACACACCCUCUCCUCCUCGAAAUUCAGGAAUGAGUGUUAGCGUUCAAGAUGAGACUUUUGCUGGGUUUUCAUACAUACCUGGUGAUGAGACACACCUCUAUAGUUUAAACCACACCCACUUAUAA